GCCAAUCAAGAGUCGCAUUCUCUUCGACUGAACAUCGCGCGCAAACCGAAGAUGGCGACCAACAUCGGUGUUCGGAGUAACAAUGAUAUCGUUGGUUACCAGUAGUCCAAUCGACGAUGAGAAUACCACGACCUUGGCCACACCCCCAGUGAUAUAUUCAGAUGGGGAGCCGCGAAUUUCCCCACCGAGACGUCUAAAGCUCCGUCGAAAUUCCGCGCCAGUCGCACGCUAGCUUUCCUAGUGUUUGCAUCGACGUUUAUCACGUUCAUUAAAUCCCUCGUGCGCGAUUAAUCAUCACUUAAUAAUGUAUACGAUAAUUAUUUCACACCACAUUGCUUGAAACAACUCAUUAAUUUUAAUCUAGAAAAAUUAACAAAAGAUGAAUCAUUGACAAGUUUUUUAUUUGUGAAUUGAAAAAAGCCUGUUGGAUGAUAAAAUAAUUAUUCAUUUACCGGAAAUCAGUGCUAAUGAGUUCUAGUAAAUAAAAUUCAAUAGUUUGUGAGAGUUGAUGUGCAUUAUAAUGAUAUAAAUUUGUGGAAAACAAUUUUUUAAAAUUGAAAUUAAAAAAAGUAUAAAAAUAAUAGUUGUAGUAGAAGUAGGUAAAUAAAUAAUAAAACCAGGAUGGAGGUGCCAGCAGAAAAAAUAGAACUGGAUGUUGGACCAACAAGUGAAGAAGUAGAUUCCACAGAAAUUGAUGUACCUCGACCUGCACCAAAGCCAUUUACAAUUGAGAGUUUAAUUGGUAAUAAAGGACAAGUGAUUAAUAGACAAUUAGAUGGGAUUUCUAAAUCAAAUAAUGGAGAUUCUGAACGUGAAAGAGAAUUUAUGUAUCAGCAGAGAUAUUUGGCAACGGUUACAAGUGCUUUGCCAGGAUUUGCAAUGCCACUAAGUCUCUAUAGUGCAUGGUUACCCAUGAGGCUUUACGGUGGUGAUGGAUCAUCAGCUGUAGGACCAAUUUUACCACCACAUCCGUCGGCUUCUUAUCCAUCUAAUCAGAUUUCUCAACUGUCAAAUCCGCUUAAUUUGGGUCUACAACAUCUCCAAGGUGCUGCAUAUCCUGCUAGAGAUUCUUUUCAAGGCAUGACAGAUAGUGAGGAAGAUGAUGGAAGUUUGUCUCCAGUUCAGUAUUUGUCAAAGUCUCAAAAUGAUUCAGAAAGUGGUAGAAUGUCAGCUGAAAGUGAUGAUGAGGGUGUUAGCAACGAUGUUUCAGGAAGUGGACGAAGGGAGUCAUCAAGUUUAGCAGGCGGAAGUGGAUCUACUACUAAUAAUAACAGUAGUAAAGCAAGAAGAAGAAGAACAGCUUUUACUUCUGAACAAUUGCUCGAACUUGAGAGAGAAUUUCAUGCAAAAAAAUAUCUUAGUCUCACUGAACGUUCACAUAUAGCUCAUACAUUAAAGCUAUCAGAAGUUCAAGUAAAGAUUUGGUUUCAAAAUCGUCGUGCUAAGUGGAAACGAGUAAAAGCUGGUCUCACUGCGGGAAGUACUGGAUCAUUAGGUCGAAAUGCUGGACAAUCAGGUAAUAAUGGACCACGAAUUGUUGUUCCAAUUCCUGUACAUGUUAGUAGACUUGCUGUAAGAUCUCAUCAUCAUCAUAUGGAAAAGUGUCCACCUCAGACAUCCAACACUAGACCUCUUAAUUCUCCAGGGUGUGGUUUGAAUAGUUUAAAUACUAAUUUAUCAACAAGAAUUGGUCCAACAAUAUCUGGAAUUUCACAAAUAAAUUCUGGUGGUGGCUUAAGGGCUUUUACUGUUCCCUUACAUCAACAAAGUACUGCAGGAAGAUAGCUGAGUAUUUGAAAUUAAUUUGCAAGUAUAAUGAUGGAGAGAAAAAUGAUUUUUAAGAAGAGAAAAAUUAUUUGA